UCUUGAAAUCUAAAAGGAGCUCCGCAGUCUAAGGCUGGGCUGGGUCCCUAUGGGUCCUCGUUGCUAAGCAACGGCUAAACAUUAAUCGCCGGCCUUCGUUUUCUGAGACAAGCAUUAAAACUGCAGUGAUACCACACGGUAAAGUAUAACAGAAAUACAACAUUACUAAGACGACACACCGUCCAAGAACUAAUAGGCAAGUAAAAAAUGAUCGUGAACAGAAAGAAUAGUCAUCUGAAAUCGUUUAUGUAAAAGCACUUUUUAAAGGUGAGACUGUGAACGGAAAACAAGGACGACGGGACUCAGAAGAUGACAAACUACGGGAAACUUGUGAAAGAAGUAGUUCAUCUGCUUGACAGAUUUGAUCCAGAUAGUCAUUGUCCUGAAAACUUUAUUGAAGAUGCCUUAAAGGGACUGAAAGGCUACAGUGUUUUAGAAGAAGCUUUUAUCCUCGAGGCUCUGUCUGGCUGCAUUGAGUACCAGCAAUUGUUGGAUAUAGUUGUUGAUGCAUUUUAUGCUCGGGCUGGGAAGAACUGCCUGCUGUCUGAUCGUCAUUUAUAUGCUGUAAUUUGCUACCUUGCAACAUUUCAGCUUGAUGAGAUUGGUCUUGCACAGUUCAGUAAGGUUAUCAAUUCCCAAGACAAGAGCAAAAUGUUCAAGUUCCUCCGAUUCUUUUUUGAUGACACAAGUUUGCGUACCUGGGUCAAGGAUGAGUGGAGUGGUGUAUAUGAUGGUGAUUUUGUGAAAAAGACCUGGAUUGAACCACUGCUGAGGUGGCAGCCAGAGGUGGCAAAAAUAGUCAGCCAGCUGUCAGAUAAAAUAAUACACGGUUUUCAGCCAGCCAAAGGGACUAAGAAUCAAACAGAAGCCAAGGAGUUCAAUCUAACUAAAUCAAAACCUAGAGGGGUCCCCAUGCCAGAGAAGAUAGCUGUGUGCGGGAAACAUCAAGAGGUUCCUUUAAGCACUUAUAAAGCACCUAAAGUGCAACUGCAACUAGAAGAAUCAAAGCUCAAAAACCGACAAAGGGCAGAGGCAGGUUUGCUGGAAGCAAAUAUAAAUCAGUUCAGAUGUGCCAAUUCAGAAAAGUCAGAGUAUACAAAAAAGAGAAUCUCUCAGCUCAUUCAGGAAGAUGAAUCAAAACUCAAAUUUCAUGGUCAUCAAGCCAAAGAACUGCCAGCCUCACACAAGAAUGAAAAUUUCCCAAUUCGCCUCAACACCACAGCUAUCCUGAGGGAAAAAGCAUUCUACAACCGCCGGGUUGAACAGGAGCUGCAAAAAAUUGAAAAGCUUCUGGAGGGAGCGCGAGACCCCUCAGAGUUUCUGGAAUGGCAGAGACAGAUGAGAGAGAUCGACAUGGAGCAAGAGUUAGCAGAGGUGGAGCGGAGACGCCUAGAAGGAAAACUAAGUCACGAAGAGGCAGUUCUGGCUCGUCAUAAAAUCAUGGAGGACAACAAAAAGAAGGCCAUCGUAAAGAAGGAGGAAACAGCAGAGUUGAUGCAGCGCUAUGCCGAAAAGCGCAUGGCCAACCAGAAGGAGAUGAAGGAGCUCGUAAAGCAGGUAGCACAAGGCCACAAGAAUGCCAAGCAAGCCAAAGUCAUCAUCCAGGAAUGCAAGCAUAAAAUAGUGCAAGAAGUAACCGAAGAAAGCCGGGAGCUUCUCAGGCAGGCCCUGGAGAGAGCAGAGGCUGAGCUGUGUAGAAAAUUAGAACUUAUUCGGCAGAUACGAGCAAUGGAGUCUAUACCGUUUAUACGGCAUAAGUUUGUGGACCACACUCAGACAUCCGGACAGUCUUUGCUUAGUGAGAUGUCUUUAGUGGAGCUCCAUGAGAGACUGGUACUGCUAAAGGAAGCUCAAAAGAAGGAGGAAGAAGAGAAGAGAGAGAAGAUUGUUAAGGAAAAGCAAGCCAAGCAACAGUUCAUCCAGGAUCAAAUAGAAGAGAUCACUCUACACAGAGCAGCAAUGAGGGAGGCUGCUGUCAUCAGGCGAGAGGAAAAGAAAGCCAAAUCAGAAAAAUUGCCAUUUAAGGAUGAAAGUAUACUGGAACUCCAGAAGAAAAUAGAGGAGAAACGACAAGAGCGUCAAAGACUAAGUGAAAGCCAAAGAAUUAAACCAGAUAAGAGACCACCACCAACAAACUGGAAUUUAAGUCAGAAUCUUCCUGAAGAGCAGAGUUGGCAGGACUUGGAGAAGAGUCUGGAGCGACAAGUUGAGCUAUUGAAACAUGGAAACUGAUCCUGGAGACUAUUUAUCAUCAGCAGACUACUGUGACUGUUAGAGUUCCGUUAAAUAAAGGCAUAGCAAGUAGAAACGCACAGCAGACAGUCCAUCAAGGAUAUGUGUGACAUGUUUCCAAGCCACAUUUAUUUUGUAAUAAAUGUAAUAUACAAUUAGA